CUUUCAUGUUGUAUCUUCUUAUCUGUACGUAGCUCUGUCCUUCGCCACAUCUCCGUAAACUAACCAACUCCCACAAAAAGGGGGAAAAAAUCUAACUCAUCUCUUCUCCUUAUAUACUUUCAUAACUCAGCUUUUCACUUUGAAAGGCAAUAGAAAUAUUUGCCUCUUGAACUUUAGUUCAUAUUGCUACUUAGGAAAGGUCUAAUUAUUCUGUCUAGUCUUUGUUUUUCCAAAAAGACAGGCAGCUUUGUUUUAGCACUGUUUGUCUCUUCCCUUACUUCUACGCAAACUCAAAGAUAAACGCAAAAACACCCACCACUUGUUUUCUAUUUCAUUCCCCUCACAAAAGAAAGAAGCCAAUAAGCAACACAAAAUUAAUGAUAUGACUAAGAUGAAUUCCUUUGCUUUCCCCCUCCUUUGUGGUUCGAUUUUCACUUGAAUUGGCCUAAGAAGAAACAUCAUAUUUGUUUGAACCAACUUUUUGGGAUUUAUGGAAUCUUAUUAUCAUACUCAUCGUCUACUUCCAGAUUCACAUCCUUUGCCAGAAUCUAGCAAUGAAAGCAAUUCAUUUCAUGGUUACUCCAAAGAAGCAAGUUUCGACACCAACAUGAUAAUUAUCCUAGCAGCUUUACUCUGUGCAUUAAUAUGUGCACUUGGUCUAAAUUCAAUUGUGAGGUGUGCCUUAAGAUGUAGCAGGAGAUUUUCUUUCGAGUCAGUAGACGCGAGGGUCGAACGCCUAGCUGCAACGGGGCUGAAAAAGAGCACGUUGAGACAGAUUCCGGUAGCUGUGUAUGGAUCAGGUAUUCAUAUUCUCGCGACGGAUUGUCCUAUUUGUCUUGGUGAAUUUAUGGAUGGUGAGAAAGUGAGAGUAUUGCCUAUAUGUCAUCAUGGUUUUCAUGUUAGGUGUAUUGAUAUUUGGUUGGCUUCACACUCUUCUUGUCCAACUUGUAGACAAUCAUUACUUGAACAACCUGUAGGGGAUGUUGAAGCUGGAUUGAGACAACAACCUGGAAAUUCAUCUACAGAGGAAGUUGGUUAAUUUGCAGUGCCAUUUUUUUAUUUUUACUUUUAUUAACGGUGUUGGUCCGGACAAAUAGUCACACUUACACUAUUUUACAGGAUAUCUGGUAUCUCUCACCACCAAUAUUUAGCCAUAUGGGAAGUCAUUAGCUAGCAAUUUUUUUUUGGCCUCCGCUGAAUUUGACAGUUUUUUUUU